AUGUCCUGGGUGGUCUUCACCAAUGCCAAGAGAGGCCUAUCUUCGUGCCUGCCUCUACUGAGUGAGAACGGCUGCAAUCUGCACCGCCAGGCUCCCUGCACCGCCAGGCUCCUCCCUGCACCGCCAGGCUCCUCCCUGCACCGCCAGGCUCCCUGCACCACCAGGCUCCCUGCACCACCAGGCUCCCUGCACCACCAGGCUCCCUGCACCACGUCCUUCCCGGAUACAGUCGUGGUCGACAGUGAGUCUGGUCUCUCCCGUGUCUUCCUCAGUUACCAUGAGGCGCAGGAGGAGCUGCUGGAGUUCCAGGAAGGGAGCAGAGAGCUGGAGGCAGAGUUAGAGGCCCAGCUAGGACAGGCUGAACACCGUCUCAGAGACCUGCACACAGAGAACCAAAGACUGAAGAGCGAGUUGGACAACCUCAAGGAGAAGUUGGAGCAGCAGUAUUCUCAGAGCUAUAAGCAGGUCUCCAUGUUAGAGGAUGACCUGGGACAGACCAGAGGAAUCAAGGAACAGCUUCAUAGAUACGUCAGAGAACUGGAGCAGGCCAACGAUGACCUGGAGAGAGCCAAGAGAACGACCAUCGUAUCUCUGGAGGACUUUGAGGGUCGUCUGAACCAGGCCAUAGAGAGGAAUGCCUUCCUGGAGAGUGAGCUGGAUGAGAAGGAGUCUCUACUGGUCUCAGUACAGCGACUAAAGGAUGAAGCCAGAGACCUGAGACAGGAGAUGGUGGUGAGGGAGAGGACUGCAGACAGGAUGUCAGCCCCCAGCUCUCCUACCCUGGACAUGGACAAGCUGGACUCUGCUGUCCAGGCCUCCCUGUCCCUGCCUGUCACCCCUGUAGGGAAGGGCAUGGACCACCCGUUCAUCAACCCUAAAUCAUCAGUGUUAACAAAUGGCUGUGCGCCUGGCGGCUCACCUCUGACCCCAUCAGCAAGAAUCUCUGCUCUUAAUAUCGUUGGGGACCUUCUUAGAAAAGUGGGGGCGCUGGAGUCCAAGCUAGCUGCAUGUAGGCACUUUGCCAAGGACCAGGCGGUGAGGAAAACCUACUCCACGUCGUCCAGCAACAUGAUCACUGGGAACGGAAACAUCAUCAACAGCAACGCCACCAAGUUCUCUCACUCACUACACACCACCUACUACGACAAAACGGCUGUGAAUGGACUGGACCCCAGCACCCUGAGUGCCCUGACGGCGCCCCGGACUGUCUCCCCUCCUGGCAUGCUGCCUCUCACCGUUUAGCAUGGCCCCCACCUCUGUACAAGCUCCCCGCAGAACAAGGUUACCCUCAUCCUUCACCCCAAACCCCCCCCACACCAAGUCUCUGUACAACUCCUGUACGCCCCGCAGAACACUGAGAGGAGAGAACACUUGAAGAACCGUUACUGUGUGUGUGUGUGUGUGUGUGUGUGGAGAGACACUUGACUGAAUGAUUGAAAAGGCCUCACUCACCUAUGAGUGGGUGGGGUUGGAUGCUGGGUGUGUUUGUGUGUAUUUAACAUACAGGCACAUGCCUCUGCCUGAGCUGUUCUUUGCUCAUGUGGAUGAUGUGUUGGUGACCUCUGUGCUCUGGAGUGGCUCCAUUUUGGCUCCAUCAGUUUCACUCUAUAACAGCUAUAUAACAGCAACUGUACCUGACAAAGGUCCCCAACGGACUGCAGCUUCCUUCCUCGUAACCUUUUAUUUACUUCUCUGAAUGAAUUGCACAAUUACAAAUAAUUUAUAUUUACAAUGUUGUAUUU